ACUUGUUCUGCUCGUCUAGCCAAAAGCAAAGCCCAGAGUUGCCACUCCAGCUUUCGGACUUACUCCCCUCCCUCCCUCCUCGCCUCACUCGCUCCUCCGCCUUCGGCCUUCGUUCGUGUGCCUGCGCUGCCCUGAGCCUCCUUUGUCUGUCCCUCCCUGCCUGGCUGCUGCAUACUUACUUACAUGCUCGCACCUUCUGAACACCAGAUGAUAGAUAGCACACCAGCCCACCUCCUCCUUAUGUCGUCUACUACUCCUACUACUACUAGUCCUACCACUACCACUACUGUGCAGCAGCAGCAGUAGAAACCUGCUCGAGUCGAGUCUGGAAGAUGUCUGUCUGUCUGUCUGUGAGCGCCUUCUCCCCCGUCCCUCGUCAUUUGAUUCACCGAUUCCCGAAUCCCUCGACACAGACUUAAAAUUUCAGUCGGUUACGGUCGGAGCAAAAGGACUGAUGCUGCUGCUGCCGAGGGCGGAGCUCGAGGAGUUGGUACAGACGAAGGAUUCUCCACUCGCAAACUUUCGUUCGCGCCGCUACGUGGAGGAUGAUGAGCACUUCAUAUUUCCAUGAUUCAGUGCUCUCGUGCACUAGCUAGCGUCGUAGCGAGUAUCACAAUCAUCACUCUCGGGCGUUGCAAGGCACGAGCCCGGCGGAGGGGAGGUCAGGCCUGAGGUGGGAAGACGAGGACCAGUGCGAGGCUGUGUAAGUCCGAGGGCGAGAGUGCGAGAGAGAGGCUCCGGUCGCUCAUUCGGUCGGGCGACGUUGCAGGCACCGAUGGUGCGCAAGAGGCAGGAGGCAAAAAUGUGCGAUCACUACCGGCCGCUGGACCACGAGACGCGCCCUAUGAAUGGGACAUUUUCCUGGCUGUUCAGUGCUCUGGGGGCGCCAGCACCAGCCCCGCCAGCCACCCGAGCCGCAGCUCAUUGCGUCGCCUGCUGAACGUGCACAAUUUCUCGCUCCCUCGGAUUCCGUAUGCGGCUAUCGACCUUGUGUUUGCGCUCGUUCAGGCCAGGCCAGGGCAGGAAUCAAAGCGCAAGCUGGCAGACGAUGGGGAUGCAAGCUCCGGACGAGUGAGCGAGCGACUCAGUGCUGAAGAAGAGAAGAGGGGAAGAACGAGACCGAGACCGACGAGGAGGAAGAAGAAGCAGCAGCAGCAGCUAGAGAUUGGAGACAUGUGCCUUUCUCACAGCGGUGGGAAAGGAGCAAGUAAGAGAAUGCGCAUUUCCUACGAUCUACAGACGUCCGCAGUGGCCCCGUCCAACGCCGAAGCGCUUCUGUACCACAGCCCUUACGAAUUCGAAAACGACAGCAGACCCACUCUGAGCUUGGCUGCGGGAUCGGUCACGUAUUCGUAUGAUACCGUCGACGGGGAGCGAAACUCGAAUAGCGGAUCAAUUUUAGUCGAAAAUCAGAUGUGCGCCGGAGACAGAAGCGACGACGUGACUGCAAUUUCCUUCCCGGGGCUCGGCCUAGGAAGCGAGAUGAUUCAGAGCGCCUGGCGAGUGCAAUCCGUGGAGAGCUGCUCUCGGGGCUACUCCAAUAGCGCUGGAGGCGGUGGAGCAGGAGCAGCUGGUGGCGGAGGGGCAGGCGGAGGCGGAGCUGAUUUGAAUCUCAUGCGCGAUGAAGAAGAUGAGAUGGGCGAGCAAGGCAUGAGCUUAGAUGACAUGAAGGACUCGGCCACCAACGAGGACGGGACGGAGAAUUCCGUGGGCAAAUUGGAGAUGGAUCUGAGUAGUGGCCAGUCGAAACUUUGCCCCCGCGGCCACUGGCGGCCCGCCGAGGACGAGAAGCUGCGCGAACUCGUCUCGCAAUACGGGCCCCAAAACUGGAACCUGAUUGCCGAGAAGCUCCAAGGGCGAUCAGGAAAGAGCUGCAGGCUGCGGUGGUUCAACCAGCUCGAUCCGAGGAUUAAUCGGAGGCCUUUUAGCGAAGAGGAGGAGGAGAAGCUCCUGGCGGCACAUCGGUUCCAUGGAAACAAGUGGGCAAUGAUCGCGAGGCUGUUUCCGGGGAGGACAGAUAACGCCGUGAAGAACCACUGGCACGUGGUGAUGGCGAGGAAGUACCGCGAGCGAUCGCGGGCCUUCGGGAGGCGGAGCAAGUCGCAGCUGUCGAGGCGGGGGGGCAAGCGGGGGAGCACAGGUGGGACGACGACGAGCAGCGGCUUGAAUGCGUCGCAUCACGGGCCCGCCGAUUCGCUCACGGCCUGGAUUGAGAAGUACUCCAUAGCGCCGUCGGAGGUCGACUCCAUCAGCCCGAGCUCGCACUACGGCGGCGGCUCCCAGAGCCUCAAAAGCCUCACCAAUGGCCACUACCAGUCGUCGUCCGACCUCCUCCGCGAGGAGGACGAGUGCGAGGGCCCCUCGGGCUUCUCGGCCCGAGGCCGCGAUCGCUCCAUGGAUCCGCGCGACGAUUCCCCGCGCUCCAACUCGUCCAAGAUCACCAUCCCCCGCCUCUCGUUCGCCUCCUCGGACAAGGACGACGCCCCGCAGCAGCAGCGCAAUUUCAUCCACUCCUACGCCAACAGCGCCAAGCCCCCCGCCGCCGCAGCAGCAGCAGCGUCUGCAUCUACUCUCUUGCAUUCUUCCCCCAGAGCUCUGGUGGAUUCCAAGCCCAUCGCCCACCCCUUCGCAGGUAAUGUGCGACAGCUUGGGCAGCAGCAGACACCGUCGGGUGGGUUGCUCCAGAGUCCGAGGCGAGGAGGUGCUGCUUCGUCUGCGGUAGGAGGAGGAGGCGGAGGGGAGAUGGACAACUCGUCCGGAUCUCCACCGUCGUCGUCAGCGAAUGCGGAGUUUCUGAAUCGAGCCGCCGAAGCGCUGGCCGAGAGCAAGGGGGCGUUUGUGGGGCUGAAGACUUCUGAGCAGGGUGGACUUUUUCAUUCUGCAAUGGCGACUCCGCACUGGCUAAUUCCCUCGCUUCCCGUGGCCACCAUGGCCCAGCCGCCGCCGCAGCAGCAGCAAGUGCCUGUCGCUGUUAUGGAGGAGAUUGAGCGCAGCAUCGCCAGCAGGUCCUUGAGAAAUUCAUGCCGAUCAGAACUUCAACGACAGCAGCAGCAGCAACAAUACCAUCCCCCUCCUCACCACCACCACCAACAUCAGCAGCAGCAGCAGCAACAUCAUCAUCAUCAACAUCAUCAACAUCAUCAGCAGCAGCAGCAGCAGCAAGCUCCGCUGAGCUCGUCAUCUUCUUUCGUGAACGAGAAUAAUCCGAACCUGGGCAGAAGCCUGUUUCUGCCCAACGGAGUUCUGAGUGCUCAGCAGCAACACCACCACCAUCAUCCACAAGAGCAACAAUCAGGGAGUUCGACAAAUCACCAUCAUCACGGCGGCUACUGGAGAAGGGAAGGCAUUGACGGCGUCGUGCCAGCAUCGGGCGGGGGAGGGGCUGGAGCUCCGCCUGUGCUGUCGACGGGGCUGUGCGAAAACGUCGCUCUGUGCGGGGCAAUCCAGCACCUGCGCGAGAGCCUGUGCAAGGAGAAGCCGAGUUCGGCAUCUUCCAGGGCCAGCAAUGAUCACAUUGCGCUGCAAGAAGCAGAAUCCGAACCCGCACCACCCAUUCAGUUCAUUGAUUUCUUGGGCGUGGGAGUGGCUUAGGCCCUACCACCACCCCUCGGGGCCUGGCUACGCCCUCCCUCUGAAGCUAGCCUCGCCGACGACGACGAAGACGAAGAAGACUGAUGAUGAUGAUGAUUCAAUGUAGAGAGCGUGCUUGCCACUGUUUAAUGCUAUGCUGCUGCCGCUGCUGCAUUACGAGCAUGGAUCGUGGUCUCGAACUCGCGAAGAUACGAGUCAGAGAAUUUUAUGAUAGUGCUUUCAGCCACUGUUGUAGAUGUGGACGAAAGCUCCCAGGGAGAUGGAGAGAGAAAGAGUCUGAGAGAGGGAGAGAGAAAGAGAGAGGGAGAGAGAGAGGAGAGAGUUCGAGGAGAGUCUAUCGAUCUAGGCAAGCUUCAAAUUGAGUUCCAGGACUCUGACCCAGAACACGCACGAGGUCAAAGCAUCGUCGUUAUCUGGGGCGUCAGCAAUGGAACGGAUCGAGCGAGCGAGCGAGCAAAAUUAGGGCCUGUCGAUGCUGCAUGGACUUUUUCGACCAACUCUGCUGUGCCCAAUAUCAGCAGCCACCACCACCAUCAUCAUCAUCACCAUGAUCAUCCCCGAGAACCAAACCAACCUGUGAAUUUUAACUUUCAAUUGUACAUUCAGUAGACUAGCUUUAGGACCGACUAGCGCGGCUCAGUAGUAGUAGCUCACGAAGCAUAGACUUCUUUCAGUUGAGCAGUUCGUUUGGCUGGAGUCAUUGUAAGACGACGACCACUACCUUUUCCAACCUUCCUUCCCCCAUGAGAAUUUUACGAGAUUAAAACAAUCGACCAAAUCCGCAGAGAGAAAGAGAGGGAUUCGAUACCCUGACAGCUCUAGUGGUUGUUUGUUGGCAGCAACCGCUCAGAGAAAACAAAAGGCUGUUGUAGAAAAUUUGGCUGUAGUACUAGAAGACUGAAGACGACGACGACGACGACGAAGACGAAGAAGAAGAAGGCCUUUGAACAAUAAGUUAUGCUGCCUAAAUUAUGGAAGUGCUCCAAUAGGCGAAAGGAAACGGUGGGGUCAGAUGAUUCCCUUAUACGAGACUAGCUGCUCGGCAACUGCGAGGCAUUAAACUCCAUGACUAGCGAGCAUACCGAACAUUUUUGAUGAAUCUUCAUACCAGCAGCUCUGCUCGAAUCUAAUAAUCAUUCUUGCUUCUCAGGC